AUGCCUUUUGAAAGGUACGAGUUAGUGGUACCAAAGUUAAGCGAGAAGGCGUUGAUGCAACAUAGACAAAAGUUUCCUCAAGCUUCUAUGUCUGGUUUAAGGAAAAAUUACUUGCCAAUAAGUCAGACUCCAAGAACGUCACCUAGUCUGACAAGUGCAAUAGUUCGAAGCCGUGAUGAUCCAUCUUUGAUUCCUGAUGAUCAGUUUGUUCGGGCCAAGUCAAGACCGCCAUUACCGCGUCUUCAUGAGAGAUCGGUUGGUUUCAAGAAGGCAAGUCAGAGUAAGAGGACGUCACAGAAGAUGAUGAGUAUGAAACCAACUUUGUUGGAUCAAGAAAGUGAGACUUGGGAUGAUGAAGAGAGUGGAAACACACGGUCUACGAAAAACUCGGAAGACGAUAUAGAGCAAGAAUCAGAAGAAACCUCUGGGGAAAUAGAGUCAUCAUCAGCCUCUGGCUCAAGCUGGGAAACUCAAGGAGAGAGUGUCACGGAGUCAGUCUCAUCAUCUCCACCAGAGAGUAAUGAUGUUGAUGAUGACUCUGGAUUCAGUGAUUCUCCUCCUUAUAAAAAGGGAGACAACAAAACAAGCGAUUUUGCGAAACAGAGGAAAAAGGCGAUGGGGAGGUUUACAAGAUUCAAGAACAAGUUAGGUCAACAUUUGGAGAGGACAUUUCAACAGAAAGGGAAAGAGAAAUCAGAUGAGAGACGGAGGAAAUCGGAUUCGAAAGGUCUAACUACACAUAAGCAACAAGGUGGGCAUUUUCAUGGUCUUGUCGAAGCGAUGAUGAGACAUAGAAGACAUUCAAAGAAACAAAAGCACAAGAAGUUGCAAAGCCAUGGUAGGAAAACGCAUUGGUGGCAAACCUUAAAGCGUCAAGGCGGUGUAAAGUUUCCUAAUCGAGGUCGGGUUAAGUUAGGGAAGAGACAGUAUUUAUGUAAAAAGGAUCAAGAACUUGACGAAAAUAACAAAACAACAUAG